GUCAUCUGUCUUUCUAUGGCUGACGCGAGCGCCUCAGGAGGCACUGCACCCAUCGUCACCACCACACCAAACCCCACAGCGGCUCCUCCGCAGUCGCCCGCAUCCCUUUCCCCCGAACCCCGCAGCUGCCCUCCUCCUCCAUCCUCUCGCGCCCCCUCCCACAUCUCAUCCAGCCCCCUUCCCGCUCAUCACUGAACGGACCCGAGACGUGCGGGCAGCGGAGGCGAAGGGCGACGGCGUCGGCGACCUGCAGGCGAAGGGCGACGGCGGCGGCGCUUGAUUUGAGGCUGCGUCAUGGAUCGGCCCCUGCUGAGCGACAAGAUUGCUGGACUGCCGCCAUCUCACCUCGCCCCACCAGCUUCCACCGCCAUGGAUCCGCCGGAGAUGGAGGGCAACGAGUGAGAGGGAGCAGGAGAAGAUGUGAAUCGAGGGAGUGAAAGAAGAAGUUCACACGGGAAGGGGAAGAGGGAGUCUUGCGGCGUAUCCUCGUCUCAUCCCGGCUGCAGAUCUUUUGACGCCAUGGAGCCAGCCGCUCUUGCUCGAUGCCACGAUACACAACACCAAGAUUCCUUCCUUUUACAGUUCCUUUUCGACUUGCUGUUCAUCACGUCGAUGGCUUCCAUGGAGCAGAGGAAAGUAUGCCAUCUUCAUCUAGGCAGAGGAGCGGGACGGCCAGGAGCUGUCGUCCUGCUACCCUAUGCCAAUGGAUGCGCCUCCCAGAUGGCUAGCAACGCCAGAUCCAGCUGGAAAGGACUCUACGGGGGUGAGAGGUGGAUAACAAUAGCAAGAAGGAGCAUGCCAUCGAGGAGUGCAAGCAGCGGCACUCCUCCGCAAUGGGGUAUGGCUGCAGGGGAGGGGACACGGCCAACGACAGGAAGAAGGAGCAAGUCGUCGAGGAGUACAAGCAGCAGGUUUCCUGUGACUGGAAGUCUGAAAAUGAAGAUAGGGCAUAUUGUUUUGGUUCUGUGGCCGGAGAUAUUGUGGCUUGAUUUCCCUAGAGCAAUCGGACCCUUCCAAGAUAGCAGAAGAUAUUUGGGAUUGACGUUCUGAUGAGAAAGUAGCGUACGGAUGGAUGGACAAUUGGACAUGAGCUAUCCAGUGUAGGUUCAAACAAUUCAUUCAUUCAUUGCAGGUUCAACAUGUUUCAUUAUGUAUUUUUGCUUCAUAUUUAGGGUCGAGUUGGGCUAUAUUUCUUUCAUUGAGGCGAGGGUGAUUCCAGUAGGUGAGGUGCAUUUUAGACAUCCGGAUGCCUUGCUAUGUUCAGGCGUACUCGCCUUUUUUCUUGAAGUUGGGCGUCCGUUGUCUAUGCGGCAAGGUGAGCUUAUCCCAUUUACUUUGUUCAAUCCAGAGCCAAGAUUCAUAUCCCCUUCACCGUCAUUUCAUUUGUGAGCAUUUAUUCCAUUUCUCUAUGUUGUCGGCAUCCUGACAGUUUAGAUGUUUCUGCGGAUCACAAUUGCUUCUGAACACACCGGCCCAUCUCAUUGAGGAAAUUCCCCUGCUCCGCUUAAUUAAAAAUAAUGUGAAAUAUGUUUCUACCAAAACUAAUUACAAUUUAUUCUUUUUAGUUUCUACUGAUUUUCAGUAUGAAAUAUUGGGGCCCGAGUACUUCAGUUCAUUUCACAGUGGAUAUGGCACACACAUGUAUCAUUGCUGUUAUCGUAAUUGAUACCAACACCUUGACUGAAUCGCAUAGAAUAGACUGCCGUGAUAAUUCUUGCAGUCCUAAAUUGGUUUCUCAAAACAUGGGAAAAUUUACAUUCUAAAAACUGUAGGCACACUGGGUGAAGCAUAUAUAUAAUUCUAUUAUAACAGAGGUCACACACACACAAUAUAUAAUUCUCUAUAUGCAAAUUGUUAUAAUAUGAUUUUAUUAGAAUAGAGGUCAGGUACUACUGCCACGACAUAACAAGGAAGGUGUGACACCCAUUUUUAUAUAUAUUGUGAUUUCAGUUUUCAUCAAUGUCGCUAUUAUUAUUAUUAUUAUCUCUUUGUAGCUUCAUAUAAAAUCAGUACUGACAUGGUCAUUUUACAGAGUGUAAAAAUGGUAGGUGGUAGAAUCAUAACCUGGGACUGAGUGCCUUAAGAAGUUCCUUUCAUUAUCGUUAAAUAAUAUAAUGUUUAGGGCCAGUUUAGAUGCGUCGUCGGAAAAUAUGAGUACAAUCAGUGAAUAUUGUGCAUUGCCUUGGUGUUUGGUGUGUCUAUUGCAUAAUCCUUUUCUUUUUUGCUUCUCUUUCCAAAGCAAGGACCAGGCUGGGAACAUAUGUUUAUAAUGAAGUUCUUUCAUUGCAGCUACAUAGUAUCUUAGCUAGGUAUCUCUGUGCAAGUGUAGUUUGCCUGCAGGUUGGACAUGUGUUUGAAUAUAAUCCUUUUCUUGCUUCUCUUUUCAAAGCAAGGACCAGUCUGAGAACAUAUGUUUAUAAUGAAGUUAUUUCAUUGUAGUCUGCAUAGUAUCUUAGCUAGGUCUCUCCAGCAUGCUACCACAAAAGCGGAGCCAUGAUGUUAUGCCUAUAUCUGCAUCGUCUAUCAGUCCUAGAAGUUCUGAUCUUCGUCUACCGUUAAACCGAGUUCAUCUGCCUGGGUAUGGCUGCACAACUUUUUAUGUAAUUGGACAUUAAAAAGUAGAGAAUUUGGUUGUACUGCAUCUGCCAAAGCACUAUUGAAACAAUGAAUGUCAGCUAUGUUAUGAGCCAAACCAUAUUAAGUAUGUGCAUCCUGGGUGGAAUGCUUUCUGUUCAUGAGCUGGUCUCCCAACACGUAUUGUUGAGAAAAGAAAAGAGAAGAAACGAAAAGAAAAGAAAGGAGCUUUUAAGUUCUUAAGAGGAGCAAGAGAGCUUCUAAGUUGUACACA